UUGAUAAAUAGGCAACACUUAGAGCAACAUGAGUCAUGAUGGCUGCACAUAGUGAGAAGUGCUGUGAAUGUUGUUGUGUGUGAUGGUGACAGACUCUGUCGUGGAUUUUCUCCUGCUCUCCUCCACAGACCCGGUGGACUUUGAUAUAGUCCUUGACUUGCGCAUACCAGUCAUCAGUGUACCUUCAGAUUUCAUUAAUCGAUUCAGGGAAACUCUGAGACGUAUCCAGCUCCCCUACACCAUCACUCAGUCUUUACAAGUAAUAGGCUUAAAUUUCACCACAGCGUGCUAUCCAAACUCCACUGGAGGACUGCAGUGUCACUGUGAGGAGAAGUUUGCUUGGUCAUGUGACAAGUGCAACAGCUUCGGUGCGUGCAGCAAUGCCACCAGCCAAACCUGCGGGUGUAUAAAUGGACUUCCUUCAGACGGAGAGUUCUGUGAACCAAUCACAAAUAUCACUCAAUGUCUAAACACAACUACUGGUAUGGAGAAAAAACUUGCUUUUGUUUUGCAUGGAUAAUGGUGAACGGAGUUGGUGGUGGUUAAAGACGCUGGUUUGAAAAAAAAAUUAUUUAUUGACCUAAAAGAACAUUUAUUGAUGCCAAGUGUUCCAGGUUUUUUUCUUUUUUACAGGGAUGCCGACAACAAAAACAAUAACACCAACAACACCAACAACAAAAACAACACCAAUAACAAACAACACCAAACAACACCAAU